AUGGGUCAACGGGUUGUCACAUCACUGGUAAUGGCAUUGGGGCUCUUAGUACUUGCCCUCCCAUCGCCACUCAACGCUUAUGAGCUCACACUGGAAGACGAACUGGAAACGGGCAUCAAGGAUUGGUCCUGCAAAUCGUACUGCAACAAUUGCAACUGCACCGCCGACUUCGUACCGGACGAGAACUUGUGCCUCUGCUACUGUCCAAAUCCGGCAGAAAAAUCACGCUGCUUCAUGUUCGUGCGUGAAACGAACAACAUUCUAGGCAUCGAGUAUGACCUGAAGGUGAUGGAUGUGGCAGCCACUCGUAGCGUUAUGGCUAUGCCGCGUAGCAAGCGAGAAACAGGGCGAAAAGCUCGCAUAGCGCGUCGUAAGGAGCGGAUGCAAAAUCGACGAAUGAACCGAAAUGCUCGCCGACGACGGGUAAGAGUGGUGAUUUGA